AUUUCAACUUCAAUUUCAAUUUCAAUUUCAAUUACAUUUUCAAUUUCAACCACAGGGGAGCUCAGCUCAGAGCUGGGCAUUGAUUUGAUAUAAAAAGGGAACAAUGUCUCCACUUCUCAUUCCCACGCUUUUGCCAUCAACACUGCUGACUUCUUGACACAACAGGAACAGAGCAUACAGCAGCAGCUUCCUAAUCUCUCUCUCUCUCUCUCUCUCUCUCUCUGAGGUCACAGCAAGAGCAGAACACGUCAAUAAACUGAGCAGAUUCUGAAAUCAAUGGAAAGCCGUGAGCCUUGCGUGAAAUCGAGAUUCAAAAGAGUUUGUGUUUUCUGCGGUAGCAGCCAUGGCAAGAACCCCGGUUACCAGCUCGCCGCCGUCCAGCUCGCCAACCAACUUGUUGAGAGGAACAUAGACUUGGUUUAUGGUGGAGGGAGCAUUGGCCUGAUGGGACUGGUCUCCCAAGCUGUCCAUAAUGGUGGCCGCCACGUUUUAGGAGUGAUUCCCAAGACUCUUAUGCCAAGAGAGAUUACGGGGGAGACGGUCGGGGAAGUAAGAGCCGUGGCGGGCAUGCAUCAGCGCAAAGCCGAGAUGGCUCGCCAGGCCGAUGCUUUUAUCGCCUUGCCAGGCGGCUAUGGAACCUUGGAGGAGCUCCUGGAAGUCAUCACUUGGGCUCAGCUGGGCAUCCAUGAAAAGCCUGUGGGACUACUGAACGUUGAAGGGUACUACAACUCUCUCUUGUGCUUCAUAGACAAGGCGGUGGACGAAGGGUUCAUAGCUCCCGCUGCCCGCCACAUUAUUGUCUCUGCCCCAACUGCCCACGAGCUCUUCUCCAAACUUGAGGAUUACGUGCCGGUGCAUUGCGGGGUGGCGCCCAAGCUCAGCUGGGAGAUGGAGCAGCAGCUGGGAUACAGUACCGGAGUUAAGUCAAACAUCGCCCGUUGACCUGAUUCUCAUUAAUUUUAACCCCUUACGAAGGACGACCGUAGAUCGCACCAUAUCAUCGUCGAGAACACACAAUCCCCCCGUAGGCGUGAGCUCCACCGGGAAAUUGCCGCCACAGUUUUUUUUUGUUCCACUGUGGACCAUGCUGUGAAUGUAUAUGUAUAAAUAUUUAUAAUUUUUACUUAUUUUAAAUCGAUUUUGUCACGUGCUUAAAAGCUGACUUGGGUAAAAAAGGGCGCCAAGGUUUUUGAGUUUCAUG